CCUGCUUUUCGUGUGUGUGUCAGAUAAACCUGUGGUGUUCAUAUGCAUUUUGGUCAUGAACUGAAACCCAGUUAGUAGGGGUGUAAAAUAGUUCGCAGAUUUCCUUUUACCAGUUGCUCAGCCCCUUUAAAUAUAAAAGCACCCCGUCAGUUGAAGCAAACGAGUCAAAGGAGACACGAAGUGCUAAAUUGAAAUUUUUUGUAGAAUUACUUAGCUGCUUGCUAAGUUUGAAAAAUAAAAUGUCGGGAACGUGUUGUUGCGGAUGCUGUUCUGCGGGAAAGGGGACACUUGCCAUUGGAAUUUUCUAUAUCGCACUCUACGCUCUAUCCAUUCUGGCAAAUUCGAGCAAGAUCAUUGACCUACUGGACAAUUCGAACAGCAAUUAUACAUCUGAUCUGAUUAACGAUUCAAACAGUAACUACACGUCUGACCUGAUUGAAGAUUCAAACAGUAACGAUACAACUGACGCUGGGCACCCCCUGAUAAGCCAUCAUGAUAAGACCAACAUCGUAUUUAAUGUACAAAUGGCGCAACAUUCCAUUCGGAUUAUCGCGGCAGGGGUGUCAUUAAUCUUUACUUGUGUUAUGUUGCACGGUUAUCGGAAGCGUAAUCACCGCCUAAUCAAGCCGUGGUUGAUCUGGAGCUACGUUUUAAUCUUGGUCGGGAUGACUGCGUCUGUUGUCACUUUUGGGACAAUGACACUGAAUGGCCUGCCCCUCGUGGGAUUUUGCACACUCGUCAUAUUCGGAUCUUUCCUCGCAAUGCAGAUCUACUUUGUCGUGGUGGUGAGAAGAUUUGUGGAUGAGUUGAAGAGUGAAGAGAUGAGUGGUCAUCAAAAUUAUAAAAUUUGACGGAAUGCACAAAUAUUGAAAUAAUGUGAGACAUUGUGGUUUGAUUAAAUAUUUAAGUACAUAUUCAAUGGUUAAAUAAAUAUUUUUUG